GUUGACAUGGUCAUCGCAGACCUCGCCCUCCCAGACUAUCAGGCUCUACGUCUCGCGUCGAAGCAGCUGUACACCCUCACCCUUAUGGCGUUCAGCAGCUCCUUUUUCUCCAAACGGAAGACUACGCUCGGCACGCCAUCUUUAAUUCGUCUGCGACGCGUAUCCUGCUGCAAACACUUCGCAGGCUCGGUCUCCCUGCUCGAGGUGAAGCUCCUCAAUCACUCCGACUACGAGCUUUUGCAGCAAAUCGACCGCGUAGGCAUAUACCCGCCACCAAACCGCUUCCGCAAAACCUUUUAGAGUAAUAUCUACACUGCAAACCGUGCGGGUUAUCACAUCCUGCACCUAAAAUCAGAAGGCGGAGUUAACCGCCAUCGUAGCGUUAGAAUCCGCCUUUCCGAGGUUGUCAAUAUUGCCCUUUGAUUACACGGUUGAUGUUGCUGUGUAAUCAAGACAAUUGCAGUGCAUAGUGCGAAGGUUGGCGUGUAAACAGUGGGCCACGUCCGAAGUCCGAG